AUCGAGGUAAUGCCUUUUUGCCUACUGCUGGCUGCCGCCGCAAUCGCUUCAGAAGAUGCCGCUGCGCCAGGAUAUCUGCUUUAUACACGUCGCAAUGGAAACACACCACAACAUAUCGAUCCGGAGGUGGAAUCACUGCUGCGCUCCUCCUUCUAUGCGCUGGAACCUAUUGUAGUAUCCAUCCCCCGCUUGUCGGGCAACAGCUCGACAACAGUUGGCGAAGAGCACUUGAAACUAGCAUCCGCUCUGCUGGAACGAGAGGCUUGCAAUGUGUUUGCCGUUGACCUGGCUGAGGGCCAGAGCGAGUCGGAUAUUGUGGCCAGCGUGAGUGGGCUGCUAAUCCUACUGCAGCGACAGUUCGAUGUGCCGCUGCGGCAGCAGCAGCUGGUGGGCUUUGGCGAGGGUGCACAUUUGUCCGGCGCCGUGGCUGAUCAGGUGCAGCAGCAGCUGGGCGAGCAGGUGCCACGAAUCACAGCAUUGGAUCCCAGCGGGGACUGCGACAAGCUCGAGCAUAGGCUCUCAGCGGAAGAUGCAUGCCUCGUUGAGGUCAUGCACACCAAUGGCAAUGGACUGGGCACCAUGGCGCGACUAGGUGACGUGGACUAUUAUCCAAACGGGGGGCAACAGCAGCCUGGCUGCAGUGUCACACCAGACCCGGAUGCCUGCUCGCAUGAACGAGCUCUAGACCUGGCGGCCGAAAUGUGGUCAACAGCGAACGACUUCGUUGGUGCCCUAUGCAGCUCCCAGGAGGACAUGAGUGCACAGAACUGCCGUUGGUCCUCGCAGCGUAUGGGCGUUGAGGCAACUGCGGGCAUCUUUUUUCUAGAGACACGGAGCAGCUUCCCCUUCGGCAGGGGCGCCUACCACAUAGGGUUCUUGUAAGGCAGAACAAUAAAGGCGAACCCA